CACCAUCACUACUGCUACCACUACUAUUGACCCGUUCCCUCUCCUAUAGUUGAUGUUUUGAGCUUUUUUUCUCUUAGGGUGUCUGAUGUCGUCCCGGCUGCUGAAGAGACGUAACGUGGAGAGGGGAACCAGCGACCGAUAAGACUUACCUCACACAGAUCGAUCCUGCCAUCCACAGACAACAGCAAUACCAUACGGAUGACCAAGUGAUGGACAUGGACAUGGAGGCUUACUACUCCGACAUGGAGAACCUCGACGAAGAUGAGCUAAUGAACUACUUUGAGCAGGAGGAGAUGUAUAACUAUGAUGACACUAUUUACCAACAACCACCCUUGUGGCAACUGCUGGACACCUGUGUUCUUCCUGUCAUCCAACAAACAAUUACAACCAUUCUACCCCUGGCUGUUGCUUGCAUUGUAUCGAAACUGGUUGCUAGCCUCAAUGUAGAAGGUCGCAGUGAAACCACCAUACAGAGGUCAGUUGUCCAUUUUUCCAGUGGUCUGUUUGGACUCAGUAUCCUCUACAACUUCUUCCAUUCCACCAUGCUCUAUCUGCUCAUUACUGCCGGCUUCGGUUACCUUGUCAUCACCAUCACCGUGUUCAAGUGCCGGCCCCUUUGUGGUAUCUGUGUGUCGGCUUCGGUGGUACUGAUUAUUAUCCUGCUGGAGCUGUUUAUUGUGGAUUCGGCCUCGUGGCACAAAGUUAGGGGUUCACAGAUGAUUAUGUCAAUGAAAAUCAUCUCAUUAGCAUUUGAUGUCAGUGACCCUGCAGUCAGCUUCCUCCCAGACAUCUGGCAGUACCACGGUUAUGUGUUCAACGUUGGUACCGUGAUCUUUGGACCAUGGAUCAGUUUCCACCAGUACUGUACCAUUACCCAGCAAAGUGUCAGACCAAUGAAUUUACACUGGUUGUUCAAAUUAACCAAAAGUAUUCUCUCAGCUUUAAUAUGUUUGGUGAUGUCCACUUGUGCUGUUGGCUGGCUUAUACAGGAUCACCACUGGAAGUUCAAAGCUUCUUCACCAAUGCGAUCCAAGUGCUGCAACACUGAUGGAAGAAGUGUGGACUACAAGGGGACUAUGUUGAAAAAUAAACUUCAUUUAGUCACAUUCCAUGGGAUCACUGGGCCAUACGAAAGGAGAAUGAAGGAAGCCUUUGUCUACAAGACUGAGAAAGCCACUUUAGUCAUCAAACAGAGAAUCUUAUUUCCAAACCAUGGAAAUGGAACGUCUUUUCUGUUCUGCUGCAUACAUUUGUCUCUCCACUAUCAUCACUCCUCCCUCCCUGCUUCUUUUAUACUCCUUUCACCCUCUGUCCUUGCCUCUCUGCUCUUACCUCUACCUGUUAAGCAUGGCUUCAGUCCUCUCCUUGUUACUAGGGACUUUGAUGUUACCCGGCCUGCCUACAUAGAAGUGCCACGCUCCCUGGUGGAGACUGUUUCAAACUGGAAUAUACCAAUGCAUAACUGGCUCAAGAAUUAUGUCUUCAAAAUUGCUCGUCCUCUUGGUAAUUUUGUCGCCGUAUUGCUCACAUAUGCUGCUAGCUCACUGUUGCACGGACUGAACUUUCAGCUAGCUGCUGUGCUACUAUCUCUGGCCUUCUACUCAUAUAUAGAACAUGUUUUCAGACAGAAGCUGGCUAAAAUAUAUGAUGCCUGUAUCUUGGCCAAAAAAUGUAAAGACAACUGCAGCCAUUCUGCUAAAUGGAACCACCCAUAUGUCAUAAUAACCAAUCUGGCCUUUGGUCUUUUAUCAAUCUUUCACCUGGCCUACCUGGGUCUUAUGUUUGACAGCAGCUCUCAAGAAGAGAAGCUUGUUCUUGUUGCUGCUGAGAUGACCUUCUGA